CAGAAAAAAAAAAACAGAACCUGACGACGGCGAUGAAGUAGAAAAAAAAUAAAAAUAAACCCUAGUUUAUGAAGCUCUGCUGAGUUCCGAUCAGUAAUGGUUUUUAGAAACUUAACCGUUUCUUACGAACUCAUCAAAAACCCGAUACCGUUACUAAACCAUCGCACGAGAUGGAUCUCGAGCUUGAAAGUGGUGUGGAAGAAGGACACGAGGCUAGACGAAGCCAUCGAGCAGGACAAGCGUUACAACCUCUGCGCUCGCGUCACGAGAGAAGUCCUAAACGAGCCAGGCCAAGUCAUCCCCUUAAGGUACCUCGAGAAGCGGCGCGAGAGGCUGCGCCUCGGUUUCAAAGCCAUGAGCUUCGUCGAGAUGAACCCUUCCCUCUUCGAGAUCUACUACGACCGGAUCAAACCGAAGUCGGAGCCGGUUCGAUUCGUCCGCCCAACGCCUCGUCUCAGAGCUUUCCUCGACGAAGAAGAGAGGAUCUAUCGGGAGAACGAGGGGGUGAUCGUCGCCAAGCUCUGCAAGUUGCUGAUGAUGGCGAAGGAUAAGGUAAUCAGCGCUGAUAAAUUGGUUCACGUGAAGAGAGAUUUCGGUUUUCCAAAUGAUUUUUUGGUUAGAUUGGUUAAGAAAUACCCGAAUUAUUUCCGGUUAACCGGUUUAGUCGGAGAAGAAGGGAAUAAUAAGUCCUUUCUAGAGCUCGUCGAUUGGAACCCUGAUUUCGCUAAAUCGGCGAUUGAGUUGAGAGCGGAAGAAAAAACCGUUAGAACCGGUGUUCGCGUGCGUCCCAACUUCGAUGUGAAACUGCCGUCUGGUUUUUUCUUAAGGAAGGAGAUGAGAGAGUGGACUAGGGAUUGGUUAGAGAGAGACUACAUAUCGCCUUACGAGGACGCGUCUCGUUUCGACCAGGCUUCUAAGGAGAUGGAGAAACGAACCGUCGGUGUUUUUCACGAGCUGCUGUCUCUCUCGCUGCUGAAGAGAGUCCCCGUGCCUAUACUGGGUAAGUUCUGCGAUGAGUUUAGGUUCUCGAACGCGUUUGCGAGUGUUUUCACGAGGCAUUCGGGUAUAUUCUACUUGUCGUUGAAAGGUGGGAUCAAAACUGCGGUGCUGAGAGAAGCGUAUAGAGAGGAGGUGUUGAUUGAUAGGGAUCCUUUGCUGGCUGUUAAGGAGAAGUUUUCGAGGUUGUUGGAGGAAGGAUGGCAAGAGAGGAAAGAUAGAUUGAAGUUGCAGAGGGAACAAGUUGAGAAAGAUAGGGAGGUUUUGUUGGCAGGUGAAAAGCAGCAGGAACCAGAGGAGCGUCUUUGUGAUUGAUUAACUUGUAAACAGGCCUCUCACUGUAAUGAGAGAUAUAUGUAUGUAUGAUCAAUCAUCCAUCCUCUGAUCUUGGUCUUUUCUCUAGAUAUAAUGUCCCUGUCCUGGUUUGGUCAUUAUCUCUCUGGCUGCUCUUUUAAAAUAAAUAAAAAUCAUCAUCCACUUGACUA